AUGGUGAGAACAAGGACAGAAGAUGUGGAAGAUGCCACCUCAGCACGACUGGAUAGGAUGGAAAGGAUGCUUAUGGAAAUGGCAGAGACCUUACGGCAACAACAGCAACAGCCUCCCCAACAGCCGCCACCACCACCAGUACCCCCACCUGUAGUGCAAGAUUUUCAUGCUGAAGACCGAACUAUCACCCUCACUAAGGAGUUUAAAAAGAUGAAACCGCCAACCUUCAAAGGAGGAAUAGAACCGAUGAAAGCUGAGGCCUGGGUAUUGGGCAUAGAGAAGUUAUUUGAAGUCUUUCCCUGCACCGAAGCUCAAAAGGUACAACUAGCGGCCUUCACUCUUGAAGACGAGGCACGGAGGUGGUGGAUGCUUACGAGGACAAUCCAUCCAGAGUUAACAUGGGAUAGAUUUUUGGGGCUGUUUUAUGAUAAAUAUUUCCCCCAAAGCAUGCGGGACAAAAAGGUGACAGAAUUCGAAACUCUCAGACAAGGGAACAAGACUGUUGCUGAGUAUGAGGCCCAAUUUGCAGAGUUAGCCCGGGCUGUUAUAGCUGAGGGAAACCUUACUGCUCAGAACCGGAUUGCUGAAUGGAAAGGAAAGAGGCAAAAUAAUCAAUGGUCAAAGGGAGCGGCUACUCCACCAAACAAGAAACAAAACUCAGGGACUUCGAAAACUUCUGCCCCUAAUCAGGGUACAAUUCCUAUUUGUUCGGAAUGUGGAAAGAGGCACCAUGGGAUAUGCCAAUGGAAGUCUGGAGCCUGUUAUCAGUGCGGAAAAACGGGUCAUUUGAUAAAGGAUUGCCCUCAGAGGAAUCAACGAAAUGGUAACAGGACUGCUACUAGCUCAGCAGGGUCGACACCAACCACUAAUACCAAGGCGCCGGUCAAACCUAACAACAAUAAAGACAUAGCGAGACAAGGCAGGGUGUUUGCAUUGGUUCCAGGAGAUGUACAGAAUGCAACAACGGUGGUGUCAGGUACAUUUAUGGUUCACGGUCAUUCUGCUUCUAUCUUAUUUGACUCUGGCUCUACUCAUUCAUUUGUGUCAAAAUUAUUUGCACAAAACUUAGAUAAAACCGAAGAAACACUGUCUUAUAUGUUAUGUGUAGUCGUAACAGUCAUAUGUGGUACAUCUAUUAGCAUAGCAGGACAGUAA